AACCAGGUCAGUGCUUUUUUAACGGCCCUCAUUAAAUCUUCACUCAAAUCAUAUGAUCAUAUCACCCUUUAAAAUUAAAACCUCUGUUACUGUGUGUGUGUGUGUGAAAUUGUGCCAUGAUGUAUGCUUCUUUGGGUAUGCUUGAUCUUGGAAGUUUAACACAAUUCUCUAGUAAAGAUUCUUCACUGGCUACUGGAAGUAACUUGUUUAUCAGUUCACAACAGCUUCCGAAACUUAGUGUGGGACCCGGAAAACUGCUGGUCAGUUCAAGACAUAUUCAUACCCGAAGAUUAUUAUUAAGUCGAACUAGGGCAAAGCAUGAUCACACGGUCAUGACUGAUGACCUUUCAGCAACGAAAAACAUCAAAUCAGACAUGAAAAAUUUAAAAAUUUUGGAUCUAGAUCCUGGUUUAGAACCGUACAAAGAUCACUUUGAGUAUAGGAUGAAAAGAUUUUCUGAACAGAAAAUGCUUAUUGAUCAAUAUGAAGGAGGUCUUGAAGAUUUUGCUAAGGGUUAUUUAAAGUUCGGGCUCAAUAGAGAAAACGGGAGCAUUAUCUACCGUGAAUGGGCCCCAGCUGCCGAGGAAGCACAGCUGAUCGGGGAUUUUAACGGGUGGGAUGGAUGGAACCACAAGAUGGAAAAAGAUCAGUUUGGAGUAUGGACUAUCAAGAUUCCCGAUGUCAAUGGCAGUUCGGUAAUUCCUCACAAUUCAAGGGUUAAGUUCCGAUUCAAGCACAGCAAUGGAGUUUGGGUUGAUCGGCUUCCAGCUUGGAUAAAGUAUGCCACUGUUGACUCUACCAGAUUUGCUGCCCCUUAUGACGGCGUUUACUGGGACCCACCACCUUCAGAAAGGUAUGAAUUUAAGUUUCCCCGUCCACCAAAACCGGAGGCCCCAAGAAUAUAUGAGGCUCAUGUCGGGAUGAGUAGUUCUGAACCCCGAGUGAAUUCAUAUCGUGAAUUCGCAGACGAUGUUUUACCUCGUAUUCGGGCUAACAACUAUAACACAAUCCAAUUAAUGGCCAUAAUGGAGCAUUCUUAUUACGGUUCAUUCGGUUAUCACGUUACAAACUUUUUUGCCGUUAGUAGUAGAUCAGGAACACCCGAAGACCUAAAAUACUUAAUCGAUAAAGCACAUAGUUUAGGUUUACGGGUGUUAAUGGAUGUUGUUCAUAGCCAUACAAGUAACAACGUCACAGACGGGCUCAACGGUUUUGACGUGGGCCAGCCCACACAAGAUUCCUACUUUCAUACUGGGGAACGCGGGUAUCAUUCCCUUUGGGAUAGUAGACUUUUCAAUUAUUCGAACUGGGAAGUUCUUCGUUUCCUUUUAUCUAAUUUACGAUGGUGGCUUGACGAGUUCAAAUUUGACGGGUUUCGGUUUGAUGGGAUAACUUCCAUGUUAUAUCAUCAUCACGGAAUCAACAUGGCGUUUAGUGGGGAUUACAAUGAGUACUUUUCGGAAUCGACUGAUGUCGAUGCUGUUGUGUAUAUGAUGCUUGCGAAUUGUUUGAUUCAUUCGUUGUUGCCGGAAGCAAUGGUGAUUGCGGAAGAUGUUUCCGGGAUGCCAGGCCUUGGUAGGCCUGUUGACGAGGGUGGAAUCGGGUUUGACUUUCGGUUGGCUAUGGCGAUUCCUGAUAAAUGGAUUGAUUACUUGAAGAACAAGAGUGAUGACGAGUGGUCAAUGAAUGACAUAACGAGAACUUUGACUAAUCGAAGGUACACUGAGAAAUGCGUUGCUUAUGCAGAGAGUCAUGAUCAGUCGAUUGUAGGAGACAAGACAAUUGCAUUUUUGCUUAUGGACAAUGAAAUGUAUUUUGGGAUGUCUUGUUUGAAAGAGGCUUCACCAACUAUUGACCGUGGGAUUGCGCUUCACAAGAUGAUUCAUUUUUUAACGAUGGCACUGGGAGGAGAAGGCUACCUUAAUUUCAUGGGAAACGAGUUUGGUCAUCCCGAGUGGAUCGAUUUCCCGAGAGUAGGAAAUGAUUGGAGCUACGAUAAGUGCAGACGCCAAUGGGAACUUGUUGAUACAGAGCACUUAAGAUACAAGUUUAUGAACGAAUUUGAUAGAGCUAUGAACUUGCUCGAUGACAAGUUUUCCUUCCUCGCAUCAACCAAACAGAUCGUGAGCAGCGCGGAUGAAGAAGACAAGGUUAUCGUGUUUGAAAGGGGAGAUCUAGUGUUUGUUUUCAAUUUCCAUCCCGAUAACACGUAUGACGGGUACAAAGUUGGUUGCGAUUUACCGGGGAAAUAUAGAGUUGCUCUGGACAGCGAUGCGUGGGAAUUCGGUGGGCAUGGAAGAGUUGGUCAUGAUGUUGAUCAUUUCACUUCGCCCGAAGGACUACCAGGAGUUCCGGAAACAAACUUCAAUAACCGUCCUAACUCGUUCAAAGUUCUCUCACCGCCACGGACUUGUGUGGUUUAUUACCGGGUUGAAGAAGAAGACAUUCUUGUUGAAACCGGGGUUGAAGAAGAAGAAACUCUUGUAGAAACCAUGAAAAUCCAUGAAGCAACUCCUGCCACUGAAGGCAAAGCGCAAAGUUCAGAAAUACCCGAGGAAGAAGACGAUGAGGACGAGAGAUUGAUCUGAAUAGUGAAUAUCAUGGUUGCUUUUGGAGAAUGCUAGGAGUUUAUGGUUCACAAUCGGCUUCAUUUAAGUCGAGUCAAGCUCGAGUUUAAACACUUAAAAGUCUCAUAAAGCUUUUUCUAGCCUUAUUGAGAUGGAAACUUAUUAUUUUUUUACCCUAGUGUACAUGCAUAUUUACAUAAUUACCUUACUAUCUAUUCGAGUCGACUCAACCCGAGCUCAAUGUAUAUUAUCGAGUCAAUUAAUGCUAACCAUGAUUAAUCUUAUUAUAAUGUUGAUAA